CAUUUUUUUUAUUCUGUUCGUUGACUGUCGGUGUCACUGUCCGACGACGGCGUUACAUUAUCAGUUUAUGCCCUGUGCGUGCGUUGUACUUUGGUGACGGUUUGUCAGUUUUCAUCGCAAAUUUUAAGUAUUGCACGUUUUCACGAUCACUUGAGUUGUGCAUUGAACGUUGUUGUUGUUUGGAUACAAUGACGUCUAAUGCGGCUGUUAGCAGUAAUAGCAACGGAGAUCAUCAAAAGAAUGUUGUGGAUCCCAUGCAGCAAACAAUGCUUGUUAUUGAGCACAAAAUAAGAAACUUGGAAAAGCGUAAGCUUAAGUUGGAAGGCUAUCUUCAACAACAACGAGAAGGGAUACAACUUACUGAUGACCAACUAGUUGCUGCCUCGAAGUUCAAAGAAGUUCUUAGUGCUUUAGAUUUUGCUAGAAACUUAAAGAAACAAUUGAGUUCCAUUUAUACAUCUUCAAAACAAAAGAAAUUUUCUGAAAUGGAACCUGAAAAGCAAGAAAAAGUUCCAUUUAAAAUAGAUAAUAGCGUAAAAGAAGUCUUAAUUUUUCAGAAUAUUUUAGAAAAUAUUAAGGAUGAUAAAGUGAAACAAGACUUGUUAACUGGUGAAAAUGGAGCAAUUAAAUUAUCAGAAACGGAACUUAAUAAAUUAGUUCUUUUUGCUAAACUUACAUCAGCCAAACGUCGCGUGGAAGAAGGUCGACCAUUUUUUGAGGAUCAACUUAAGACUGUUACCAAACAUUAUGUAAAACUCAUAGAAAAUAAACAAAAUCGUAUAGCUGGUACAACUUAUGAAAUCUUAAGAGAAUCCUUGUUAAAGAUUGAGAAAAGUGGUUAUCUUGAUCAAGUGAUAAAAAAAGAAAUAGAUAAUAUUCCAAAUAAUGAAAUUAAAAACUUAGAAACAAAAUUGUUUCAAAAUGAUAAUCAGCCAUUAAGUUCUAAUGUUGAAUGUCAAUCAAUUCCAAAUGGUCCAACAGAAGAGUAUGCUACUAAUAAAAUUGAGACAAUAUAUUUUACUAAUCAUAAUUUAGUUGCGAAUACAGUUCAGCAAAAACAAAUUCAGCCAAAAACUGUUGACCCUGCAUUUAAUAACUCUUUUGAUUUCCUACAAGAUUCUCAAUUAGAAGAAGAACAUUCUGUUGAAAAUUUAACUUCUAUCCCUACUCAAACUUUUUCAUCUUCUAUUUAUAAUCAUAAUAGACCUGCCGAUGAAGCAAUUUUAAAAAUUCUUACAACUCCUCCACAAUUACAAACCACUAUAGCUGGUUCUUAUAAGGGUGUAAAAUUGAAUCACGUUGAAAAUAGUCCAGAUUACAUUGCUGCCAAACCAGAGACGAAUUGGCAGAAUAGGCCAGCAGUCUCUGGCGAUACUAAUAGUUUACCUAGAGAUAAUUGGGCGAUGGCACAAAUGAUUGCUAAUAACUCAAGUAAUGAUUGGCAUAUAAAAAAUAACUGGGUACAGAUGGCUGAAGCUGAUACAUUGCAACAGCAACAGCAGCAGCAGCAACAACAACAGCAGCAGCAGCAACGGCAGCAGCAGCAACGGCAACAACAGCCAUCACAACCAAAUCCACAAAAACCACAAAAUAAUUCUUCUAAUUUUGGUUUAGUUACUAAUGGAUAUUCAGAAAAUCUCAAUGAGUUAUUACAAAAAUCUGUUGUAUUUAAUAAACAAGAUCAAUAUCCUUCAACUACAACUUCAAAUAAUACAGCGUUUUAUCAAAAUAAUUAUGGACAACAAACACAAGAGCAAAACAUAGGUCAAUAUUCCAAUUCAAAUAAUUAUGAAAGGAGUAUUCAUUCUAAUGAUUUUAACAAAAGAUCAGCUCCUUUAAGAUCCAGAGCUCAGUAUUCAGGAGAAGGUGUUGUAUCUUCACGUGGUUAUCAACAAGGUAAUACCUAUGUUUAUAACAAUCGUUCAUUCAAAAAUAGUCAAUAUGCCAACAAUGAUUAUUCUCGCUUGUCAAGACAAACAUAAUAAAUGAUUAUAUUUAUAAAAUAUAAUUCCAGAAUCAUUAAAAAAUGGCAUAUUCUCUGCCACUUUUUUUAAAUUUAAUAUUUUGCUUCUUUAAAAAAUCUUGUCUUUGUACAUUUUUUGUAAACUUAUUAGUUAAAUUUCAUAAUUUGUCAAUAAUUUUUUUUUUUUGCUUAA